ACAAUAAUAGCUUUUUCUACAUUCAAUGCAAAUUUGUGUUGAAAAUUGCAAUUCAAUUAAUCUACAAAGACAGUAAACUAAAUACUUAAAAAUGUAAAAUAGACUCGUAUGGGAGAAGGACUUGUACGCGGACUCAUCAAAUUUUCCACACAAAUUAUUUUGAUUUUGUAUUUCUGAGACAAGGACUUGAACGACGACGUUGACUUAAGCGAAGACCCAACAAAAAGUCUUGCACGCGUUUCUCCCAAACUUCAUUUGAACUCCUCAAUCCUCAUAAACGUGAGAAGAAAAAAACGAUAAGCAAACACCCCCGAAAUGGCUUCACUGCCAUUAAUGAACAUGCUGGUCAUCACUGUCAUGUUACUAGUGCUACCGAUUCCAGCCACCGCGCAAUCACGCACCAACAUAACUCUGGGUUCAUCCCUCGUUGCCAACGCUGCCACUUCCACUUGGCUAUCGCCUUCUGCUGAAUUCGCUUUCGGAUUCCAACCCACAGCAGGCGGCGGCUACUUGCUGGCCAUCUGGUUCCACAAAAUACCUGAAAAAACAAUAAUCUGGUCAGCCAAUCGCGACAAUCCUGCCCCAGAGGGCUCUACAGUCCGACUUGCUGCAAAUGGGAGGCUCCAGCUCAGCGAUCCCAGCGGCCGACAGUUCUGGGCCGCAGACCCCGCCGCGGCCUACGCCGCCUUGCUCGACACGGGCAACUUGGUGCUCUUUAGCGCUGCUUCUGAAAACCUGUGGCAGAGCUUCGACCAGCCCACUGACACGUUAGUCCCGUCCCAGAUACUGAAUCAAGGCGGGCAGCUCAUCUCCAGUUUCUCCGAUAAGAAUUACUCCCGUGGGAGAUUCUUCUUCGCUAUGCAGUCCGAUGGGAAUCUUGUGGGGUACACUAGAAACUUCCCCAUGAACGACGGAAUCAAGGCGUACCUGGCCACGAUGACGGUGGGCGACGGAUUCCGCUACAUCUUCAACGCAUCCGGAUACCUUAACCUCGUCGCGCGAAACGGGACUUUGCUUAGAAACAUCUUCUCAAACACUGGAGCUUCAACGGCGCAGUUUUACCAGAGACUGACGCUGGAUUACGAUGGUGUUCUGAGGCGCUAUCUGUAUCCCAAGUCCAAUUCGAGCGGCGGCCGCCCCGCGGCGUGGUCUGUUUUCGAGUUCUCGCCUUCCAAUAUAUGCACUGCGGUGACUCAAGAUACAGGCGGGGGUGUUUGUGGCCUCAACAGCCUCUGCUCCUUGGGAACCGAUCAACGCCCGCGAUGCACUUGCCCCUGGGGCUACUCUGCAAUCGAUCCCAACUACUGGGCCACUGCAUGCAAGAGGGAUUUCCUUCCGCAGACCUGUGAUCACGACCAGGAUCACUUCGGCUUCAACGACAUGCCUGAUGCGGAUUGGCCUUUAUCCGACUAUGCACAUUUUACUCAAGUCUCCGAGGAUUGGUGCCGACAGGAUUGCCUCGCUGAUUGUUUCUGUGAUGUUGCUAUAUACAGAAACACCGACUGCUGGAAGAAGAGAGUCCCUCUUUCCAACGGGAAGAUCGACUCCGGCGUGCAGGGGAAGGCUUUGAUAAAGGUGAGGACGAGAAACAGCACCGUCGUCAGCCCUUCAUUUGGUAGGUCAGGGAAGAGAAACAGAGACGCUUUCAUCAUUGCCGGUGCGGUUUUGCUCGGAACUUCUGUGUUUCUCAACAUACUCUUGCUGGUAUCGAAGCUGUUGUUCAAUUCCAGGAGAACAUGGAGCCGGGUCGAGGAAGGAGAAGGCAACAAGAGAUCAGUUUAUCCCGGAGUGAACAUAAGGUGCUUCAGUUUCAAGGAGCUGGAAGAAGCCACCAAUGGAUUCAGUGAACAGUUAGGCAACGGCGCUUACUCGACGGUGUACAAGGGGGCUCUAAUUGACGAAGAUGGAAAGAUGGUGGCGGUUAAGAAGCUGAGCAGAAUGGUAGAUGAUGCAGAGAAAGAGUUCAGAGCUGAAGUGAGCUCAAUCAGCAAGACCAACCACAAGAACCUGGUGCAGCUGUUGGGAUACUGCGACGAGGGCCAAAACAGGCUGCUGGUGUACGAGUUCAUGAGCAAUGGCUCCCUCGCCACCUUCCUAUUUGAAAACUCGCCCAAGCCCAACUGGUACACAAGGGUGCAGAUCGCGUUCGCGGUUGCAAGAGGCCUCUGCUAUCUGCACGAAGAGUGCAGCACACAAAUCAUACACUGCGACAUCAAGCCUCAGAACGUGCUCUUGGACGACGCUCACACUGCAAAGAUAUCCGAUUUCGGGUUAGCGAAACUUAUGAGGGCCGAUCAGACAAGGACGACGACGGGGAUAAGGGGGACUCGAGGGUAUGUUGCGCCGGAAUGGUUCAGAAACAUGCCGAUAACAGUGAAAGUGGAUGUGUAUAGCUACGGGAUCAUGCUGCUGGAGUUGGUGUGCUGCAGGAAGAACUUCGACCCUGAUGUUGAGGACCAGAGAAGGCAGAUUCUCAGUGACUGGGCUUAUGACUGCUGCUGCGACGGAGCAGUGGAGGAGAUGUUGGUGGAGGAGGAGAUGAGAGAUGAUGACAUCAAGAGAUUUGAGAAAAUGGUGAGGAUAGCGAUGUGGUGCGUCCAAGAAGAUCCGGAAUUGAGGCCGCAGAUGAAGAGAGUGGUUCAUAUGCUUGAAGGUUCAGCGGAAGUGCCUCCACCACCAGAUCCUGCUUCAUUCGUCUGUUGAUUAGCUUCCAUGCUUAUCAAAUUACUUUUACUUGGAUUUUCAAUGGUUACAUUUACUCAUGCUCCUUUAAUUUGUAUAAUUGAGUAUUUUUAUUUUUAAGAGUAUAAUUUCUUCAA